AUGAUGGCCGCUGUGUCCAAAUCUGAGAAGGAACUCUAUGAAGAAUGGAAGAAUACUCUGAAAAACGACAACCGCGACAUUUCAGACCUAUGGCAGGAAGCACUCAAGAAUUACAAGGGCAUUGUUGGGUUCGAUUUGCAACGCAGCUUCGAUAACGUUCAAGACAUGAUCAAGUUCGCAAACCAAGAAAUGGAAAGAUUCCAUGAUUACAGACACAACAAAGGAAAAGUCGACCGUUUGAGGAGUGCGUUUGCUUCCAGCCUGGGAUAUGUAGAGACCGCAGCCCAGAUCCUUGUUCCAGCAGUUGAAGGAGCUUUCCCGCCGGCUGCUGCCAUAGGGACGGCUCUGACGCUCAUCAUCAAAGGCUGUCGCAGUGUCACGGUGGACUAUGACAUUCUCGUCGUGUUCUUUGAGGACAUGAACGGUUUUCUCAAUAGAAUCGCCAUUUUAGAGACCAGGCUGCCCAAGCAUCGAGCCUACCAAAACUGUUUGAUGGAAGUCUUCGUCUCUAUGCUUACCAUAUGUGGCCAAGGAAGGAAGUGUAUCGACCUUCGCCGCUUCAAGAAAUGGAUCUCUAACCUGGUCAACGGUGACGGUGGCGAGCUCACGGAGGCAAGGGACGAACUGAAGAAGAAGCUGGACAAUCUCCAGAUGGCUACUCAGUUUGCGAUACUAGCCAACACCGAGGCGAGAAAUGAUCUUAUCAAACAGCUCGACGACAACCAAAGGUCACACGCCAAGCUACUUGAGAGUUUUCGGAGCACCAUCGACAGCAUCUACGACGAAACUCGGCUCAACGGCGCCCUUCUUGCACAGGUGCUGGAAAAGCUGUCUGAACAACCAGAGGAAGAAAAACAGCUGGAGAUAUCGCAGACUAAGAAUCAUGCGCCGUCAAGAGGACUCCUGAACGGUUUGAUGGCAAUCGGCAAUAACGACUCUCAAUAUCAAGGUCUCAAACAUACACACAUCUUAGGUUCCUGCAGCUGGCUCCCUUUGGAGGCUCAGUGGGAACAAUGGCAUGAGAUCGACGACGGAAAACGACCACUUCUUGUCGUCACUGGCUACCCUGGUGUCGGCAAAAGCCACUUGGCUGCAGCAAUAUAUGAGAAGCUUCAGGAGAAGGCAAAGCAAGAUACCACAGGGAACACAUGUGUCAUUCAAUUCUACUUCAACAAAGAUCACCACAGUCUGAGCUGUUUUCUUUGUGGUUUAAUCACGCUGAUUAACCAAAUUGCCGAGACUAACGACGCCGCAUACCAAAUUUUGGACGCUCAGAUCAAGAAAGACGAGCUGGGCUGUCUCGACAGAAAGGAUUGGCGGCAUCUUGUCGAACAUCUACUCAAGCCAGUGUUCGAGCGAAGUCUCAUGCUACAUGUAUUUGUUGUACUGGAUGCAAUCAAUGAAACCACGCAGUGGUCAGAUCUUAUGUCCUUCUUGUAUGAAUGCAUUGGCAACGAAAAGCUCAGAGUCUCCGUAGUUGCCACUUGCAGACUUACUGACAUGAUCCGUCUCCCUGAUGGUAUCACACGUCUUAAAAUAGAAGUCACCAAGGAAAAACAGCGUCAAGAUUUCAAGCUCUUCAUCUGGGAUAAGAUUCAGUCCCUCAAACAUCUGAAAACGUUCAGCCGCUAUGUUCAACAAAGAGUCGCCGAUGUGGUCGAAGAAACGUCCUCAAGGCACCUGCUCACUUGCUUGGAUGAUCUUGGCCGUGAGGGAGCCGUACUGAAAGCUCUCAAGCAAAAGAUGCCACACGGCCUUUUCGGCAUGUACGAGACUCUUGUGGCCGAAUCUCUGCGUCUUUUGCCCAAGAAUCAUCAGAAAGGUGUCGUAGCACUGCUGCAAUGGAUUGCGGUUGCUCAAGGAACCUUCACACUUGAAGAAAUUCAGUCUCUAGCAAAGCAUCUUUCACACGAUAGUGCCCUCGAUCUCGACAAGGUCCCUGGUCUCUUUUCCAAGUUUAUCACGGUAGGAAAUCCCGGAUUCGAUAUAGAGUCACAAGCAGUUGCGAAAACCAGCCAGGCACAAACCAUCAAAGAUCUGACACAGAGAGACGACGAAAAUGAUGGGGACAGCAUAUACUACGGUGGUUCGCUUCCGGUCAGACUCAGGGAAAGGUUCAUGCAGGGCUACUACUUCGAAACUUUUGGUCCUAAUGAACCUCUUAUCGUCGAAUACCGAUCAGAAUUCUCGGCGUACCAGCGUUUCAUGUUCUUGACCUGCACGGAGUUGGCGCAAUCUGAUCGAACAGACGUCGAGGAGGGACUGAAGCGAUACUGUGCCUUGAAUGCUAUCUGGCACUGGUCAGGAAUUAGCACCGAUCGGCAUACGCACGAAGAGAACGCUGAAGUUCUUGAGGCUUUUGCCAAGCUGCUUUCUAACAGAACUGGACUUUCCAGUAUACUGCGACGGGCCGACGUGACGCAUCCCGAGGGGAAUUUCGAAAACAUCAACGACGCCAUCUUACACUGGAACCGAACCAUUGAGAACGUAGAUGUAAGAGAUCGUCUUAGCCUUUUUGCGACCGAGUGGUGGCAUGAAGUUGGCCAAAACCCCCCAAAGUUCCGUCUUGGCUUGGCCAAGGCAUAUCUGCUCGAUGUAUACCAGUCGGAUAGUUUGCAAGACGCUAUAAACUCGUGGAAGCGUCUUCUUUCCAUACUAGAAAGGAUUGGCAUGAGCAAUGAUCUGAUUUGUCAAGGUCGUGAAAACUUUCCUGAGGAGUUUGAGAAUUUCAAAGAUCAGAAGUCUUCCCACGAUAGCAAGGCUGUUCUUGGCUGCUUGAAUCUCUUCGAUACAGAGUCCAAACCCGACGCAAGCAGUCACCGAGCGGUAGCGGAGCUUCUUCGUGCAAGCGGUCAUCUCGAGCCAGCCGAGAAGACCUGCAAAACCGCCCUUAAUCUUUCCAAUCUCGGAAUACCCGCGAAACUGAAGCGUGUCGUGUACACAACAUAUGGAUUCACUCGAGCCUUCCAAAAGAAGUUUGAUACAGCUCUGGAGUUCCUGGAAAAAGCUAAGGAUUCGGAUCCGGACGGCUUUACCCCAAGCGAUCUUGAUGACUACCUCCAUGUCUCUAAAACCAAGGGAGCUGUGGCAUGCAUCAGAGUCUUGAAGGGCUGCAACCUCACAGAAAGAAUGUCUUGGUUAGUUUUAAGGUAUCAGGAAGAAAGAUCGAAGACUCUCGACUUUUGCGCCCGCCUUGCCAAGCAGGCGAAUGAACAGGAGUUUAUCGUCAGCCUCUAUGAGGAAGCAGUUAAACUCCUAGACAGACUCGACGCCGCCACACCCCUUCGGACGGACCUCGCAGUCGUCUAUGCCGGGGUGUGCAAUAACUCGGAAGGAGCCCUCCAAAUUCUAGAGAAGGUCUUCGACAGCCGUGUUAUUGGCCGUCGAUUCCCGAUCACACACGUCGAUGCGAGAAUCACACUUCUGACUGCGGUGGAGUUGAUGGCCAACGUCCAGGUUGCGCUCUUCCAAAAGUCAAGAGAUCCAGAUUACAAGACGGAACGUCUCCGAUCUCUUGCUGGCCUCAUGCAGCGCCCAUUUCCAAUGCAAUUUCCUAACCUGUCCACAUCUUUCACCAUGUCCUACCGGUUGGCUCUAUCUUGCAUGUACAUGUCGAUAGGCCCCCUGAAGAAGUUCCACGAAACAUUGCAAUCUAUAACGGAUGACGCUUUUGUUGGUCUUGGAGACUCUGUGGAUUGGAACGACAUUUUUUGUCUCUUCUACCUUGCACAAGUUCUUGCACUUCUCAGUCGAGCACUGAAAAAUGAUGAAGGACUCAUCCGAUAUGCUCGAAUUCUAGGCUCUGCAAUAUUUUCACAGCGGAACAGCGCACAUAAGGGAGAAACACACAGUGAAGGUCUGGAUUCUAAUGGGCAAGAAGAGAAGACAUCCGCUGCUUCUGUUGAAAGCAGCUCGAAAAACCUGGCAGACAGCAAGAGCGAUAUGGACGAUCAGCAGCCUGUCCAAAUUGUGGCGGGUCUUCGAACACAUGAGAACGACGGCGAGAACAACACGACUGAAUAUGAAUCCCUGGACGAGGGAGACAUAUUGGAUAGCAUCAAGAUUCCGUUCGGGCCCUUCCGCAUUGUCGAGUAUCGCUACCUCAAGCUUCCCAUUGAAGGCUGGCGUGGGGUCAAGAAUGUCGCAUGCCCCUAUCUGGAGUAUAUGCUCAAGACUGAGUACGGAGUGCGCCCAGGAAACCGAGCUACCAACGACGCGAGGGCGAACUUGCCGAUGCAGAUGCAGCACCUCCUGUACCGGGCCGACAUCGUCAAUCUCACCAGGACCUUGGAAGCGGCCCUCACACAUUAA